UGCACUCCAGCCUGGGUGACAGAGCCAGACCGUCUCUAAAAAUAAUAAUAGCAAUAACAAAAUAAAAAUAAACAAAUGUUCUGCACCCAACUACGCCCCAGGAGUGGCACUGUGUUUCCGCAGCGGCCGCGCCUGGGCGCCCCAAGCAACACAACCAGCGCUGUCAGGAGGCGAACAGGAGCCAGGACAGAGAGCUGGGGAGGCCACCGCGGUCAGGCGAGGGAUAAGAAGGCCGUCCGCGGCGUCAUUGACGGGGCUGAAGGGACACCAGGGAGAAGAGUGGCAGGCAGCUCCGGAGCCGCGCUGUCCGGGCGACGCCGGAAGAAGGGCCUCCCAGCGGUGUUCCUUUCAGCCAAUGGCCGUGAGAUGCGCCGUCCGACGGUGCCCCGCGCGGCACAGGGAGGGAACAAGCAGCCCAUCGGGUGCAAUAAAGCACCAUCUUUCUAGGUGACUAUGCGAACUACCAGGGAAGUGUAGCCAGGGACAGGCUUCUCUGCCCGCGGUUAACCUAACUCAGUGCCACCACGCCUUUAACCUGAAGCCAGGGAGCACGGCUGCCCUCAGUAAAGAUGGCUGACUGGCGCGGAGAAAAAGCCGGAAACAGCCGGGUCUUGCGGGGAGCCGACUGAGCGCUGCGGGGGCGUGGCCCGGCGGUGGAGGGGCGUGGCCAGCCGCUGUAACCCGGGUUUGCGGUCUUUGAGGCGCGCGCACCGCGCCCAGUCCCGACCCUGUGGCUUCCUGGGGGCGGGUCCGCCGUCGGCCCCGCCCUCGCCCAGGUGUCUCCCUUUGGGAAGCUGCCCGCCGAGUCUCCGAGAUUUGUCCGUGGUGGUCCCGGGGACCCCUCGUCCCUCCGCGAUCUCCGGCUGGCAGCGAUGGAGGGCGCCGGGGAGAACGCCCCGGAGUCCAGCUCCUCUGCCCCUGGGUCCGAAGAGUCUGCCAGGGAUCCACAGGUGCCGCCUCCGGAGGAAGAAUCGGGGGACUGCGCCCGGUCCCUGGAGGCGGUCCCCAAGAAACUCUGUGGGUAUUUAAGUAAGUUCGGCGGCAAAGGGCCCAUCCGGGGCUGGAAAUCCCGCUGGUUCUUCUACGACGAAAGGAAAUGUCAGCUGUAUUACUCGCGGACCGCGCAGGAUGCUAAUCCCUUGGACAGCAUCGACCUCUCCAGUGCAGUGUUUGACUGCAAGGCGGACGCUGAGGAGGGGAUCUUCGAAAUCAAGACUCCCAGCCGGGUUAUUACCCUGAAGGGCAAGAAGAGGCAGAGCUGGAGGAGUUCCUGUGCCCUGUGAAAACACCCCCUGGGCUAGUGGGCGUGGCAGCUGCCUUGCAGCCGUUCCCUGCCCUUCAGAAUAUUUCCCUCAAGCACCUGGGAACUGAAAUACAAAACACAAUGCACAACAUCCGUGGCAACAAGCAGGCCCAGGGAACAGGCCAUGAACCUCCAGAGGAAGAUUCUCCACAGAGUGGGGAGCCUCAGAGGGAGGAGCAGCCCUCGGCCUCUGACGCCAGCACCCCAGGGAGAGAGCCAGAGGAUUCUCCAAAGCCUGCACCCAAGUCUUCUCUGACCAUCAAUUUCGCUCAGAAAGCCAAGCGCCAGAACAACACCUUCCCAUUCUUUUCUGAAGGAAUCACACGGAACCGAACUGCCCAGGAGAAAGUGGCAGCCUUGGAGCACCAGGUUCUGACACUCACCAAGGAAUUAAAGUCUCAGAAGGAGCUGGUGAAGAUCCUGCACAAGGCACUGGAGGCCGCCCAGCAGGAGAAGCGGGCGUCCAGCGCAUACCUGGCGGCGGCUGAGGACAAGGACCGGCUGGAGCUGGUGCGGCACAAAGUGCGGCAGAUCGCCGAGCUGGGCCGGCGGGUGGAGGCCCUGGAGCAGGAGCGGGAGAGCCUGGCGCACACAGCGAGCCUACGGGAGCAGCAGGUGCAGGAGCUACAGCAGCACGUGCAGCUGCUUAUGGACAAGAACCACGCCAAGCAGCAGGUCAUCUGCAAGCUCUCUGAGAAGGUCACCCAGGACUUCACGCACCCCCCUGACCAGUCUUCUUUGCCCCCCGACGCUGCUAACAGGGACUUCCUGAGCCAGCAGGAGAAGAUAGAGCACCUGAAGGAUGACAUGGAAGCUUACCGGACCCAGAACCGCUUCCUCAACUCCGAGAUCCACCAGGUCACAAAGAUCUGGAGAAAGGUGGCUGAGAAGGAGAAGGCUCUCCUGACGAAGUGCGCCUACCUCCAAGCCAGAAACUGCCAGGUGGAAAGCAAGUGCCUGGCUGGUCUGAGAAGGCUGCAGGAGGCCCUGGGGGACGAAGCCAGCGAGUGCUCAGAACUGCUGAGGCAGCUCGUCCAGGAGGCACUGCAGUGGGAAGCUGGGGAGGCCUCAUCUGACAGCAUUGAGCUGAGCCCCAUCAGUGAGUAUGAUGAGUAUGGCUUCCUGACGGUGCCCGACUAUGAGGUAGAAGACCUGAAGCUGCUGGCCAAGAUCCAGGCCCUGGAGGUACGCUCCCACCACCUGCUGGGCCUCGAGGCUGUGGAUCGGCCGCUGCGGGAGCGCUGGGCUGCCCUGGGCAAUCUUGUGCCCUCAGCUGAGCUCAAGCAGCUACUGCGGGCAGGAGUGCCCCGUGAACACCGGCCUCGUGUCUGGAGGUGGCUGGUCCACCUCCGUGUCCAGCACCUGCACACUCCAGGCUGCUACCAGGAACUGCUGAGCCGGGGCCAGGCCCACGAGCACCCUGCUGCCCGCCAGAUUGAGCUGGACCUGAACCGGACCUUUCCCAACAACAAACACUUCACCUGCCCCACCUCCAGCUUCCCCGACAAGCUCCGCCGGGUGCUGCUGGCCUUCUCCUGGCAGAACCCCACCAUCGGCUACUGCCAGGGCCUGAACAGGCUGGCGGCCAUUGCUCUGCUGGUCCUAGAGGAGGAGGAGAGCGCCUUCUGGUGCCUGGUGGCCAUUGUGGAGACCAUCAUGCCCGCUGAUUACUACUGCAACACGCUGACGGCAUCCCAGGUGGACCAGCGGGUGCUCCAGGACCUGCUCUCGGAGAAGCUGCCCAGGCUGAUGGCCCACCUGGGGCAGCACCACGUGGAUCUCUCCCUCAUCACCUUCAACUGGUUUCUCGUGGUCUUUGCGGACAGUCUCAUUAGCAACAUCCUCCUUCGGGUCUGGGAUGCCUUCCUGUACGAGGGGACGAAGGUGGUGUUUCGCUAUGCCUUGGCCAUUUUCAAGUACAACGAGAAGGAGAUCUUGAGGCUACAGAAUGGCCUGGAAAUCUACCAGUACCUGCGCUUCUUCACCAAGACCAUCUCCAACAGCCGGAAGCUGAUGAACAUCGCCUUCAAUGACAUGAACCCCUUCCGCAUGAAACAGCUGCGGCAGCUGCGCAUGCUCCACCGGGAGCGGCUGGAGGCUGAGCUGCGGGAGCUGGAGCAGCUUAAGGCUGAGUACCUGGAGAGGCGUGCAUCCCAGCGCAGAGCCAUGUCCGAGGGCUGCGCCAGCGAGGACGAGGUGGAGGGGGAAGCCUGACUUGGCCACCUCCCCUCCCCAAAGCCUUCCUCACCCUUGGCUGGCAGACCCACUGGAGGUCAGGCACGGACCAGUGGCCCAGCCCUGGGUGUCCCAUCACCAUGUGACCCUGGACACGUCCCUUCCCCUCUCUGGCCCUCAGUUUCCCCACUGGGACAUUGUGUGCUGCGAAGCCAUUGAUUGGGCUACUUCUUCAUAGGCACUUACUUACCCAGGGAUGCCACCCUUUUGUCACCUCUUCCACAGAGCACUUUGGCAUGUAAACAAGCAAGAGCACUGCCUCUAUAGGGUAACCUGGAACAUUCUCUAGGUUAUAUCAAUAUAAAACAAUGUAAAUGGUGGAAAUCAUUUAUAAGCUUUGGAACUUAAA